AUGAACACACCGAAGAAAAAUAAUGACAGUUAUAGCGAUAGCUCAGAACUUAUCACUCCGUUCAAAGAACGAGCGCUAGAAGAGCAAAAAAUAAAAGAGCAACUCGUAUUGAGUGCAACACCUGGAUUGAGGAGGAGACUCGAAAUGGAAUCUAAUCUUGAACCCUUACAAAAUGACCGUGAUGAGGUAAAAUCGUAUUUACGAGACUUAAGUUCCGCAUUAGUUUCACAAGGAAGAAAUCUAACAAAGUUACUUAAUGAGGAAGUAGUAUCUGAUUUUCAGUCAAAUUCAUUGAACGAUAAUGGUGCUGAAAAUUCUUUUACUUCAAUAGCUCCCAUGGAUAAUCUAACUUUGGAAGAGGCAGAAGACUUGCAGUAUAUGGAACAGGAUGAUAAAGUUGGGUCAUCGAAGGAAUUGAAUUUACAAGAAGAAAACGGAGUGGCUUCAUAUUCGAAUGCUAUAGAAAAUAAACACACAUCACCGAAAGAACAAAUAAUUGAGGAUAAAUCUACAGAUUCAAUAGUAGAAGAGCCAAGAAUUUCUGAAAUUACGCCCUCCAAGAGAUAUUCAACGGAGGAAAGUCCGAUUAAAGGCAUUGGAUCUUUAUCACAGACAAUAUUUUCCCAGCUGCGACAAAUCCCAUCCAGACCAAAAAUUAGGAAAAUUGAACCUGUCUCAAUAAGAGAUGUAGAUACGCCAGUCGAAGAUGCUGCUCGUACGAACGACCUACUGUCAGCUCCCCCCAAUAUCGAAUCCCAGAUACCGCCAACUUCCGCUAAAAUUGCUUCUUAUAAUGAUGUAACCAAAAAUGCAUUCAACGAGGUGGGGCCCGCUGAUGGCCUAAUCGACAAUGAGCCACACUUUGAACAAGACAAUAAUAUAAUCGACUUCGGCAGCCCACCCAUAUAUCACCAACGUACUGACCAGGACAAUUUUACUACAGAUAGUCAUCCCUUAGAAGCAGCAAUUGCUAGAGACUCUUUAGAUCUAGAGCCAUUACCUGAGUCGCCAAGCAAACAUUCUUCAAAAAUAUUAACUAAAGCCACAAACCCGUCAAGCAUAAAACGCUUUGACCCUCCUCCUCAAUUAUUUGCCAGAACUCUAUCCAACAAUAUUCCCCUCUUUGAAUACAAGAGAGUACAACCACAGGCAUGGUCACCUACAAAUGAAGGAAACUCGAAUGGAAAUGAUGAUACAAAUAUUUCAUUUGAACAAAAAAUUGCAACUAAUAAUUUCCCCAUUGCUACGCUCCCGAUUCAAACUCUCCAAGAUAUUAUGCAACCAUUCCUCAAAAAAAAUAACAUCAACUUUAAGCCAUAUACUUGGAACAGUCUACAAACGGUUACCCAAGAGGUCAUUCGCCAAUUGAUUAGAGAUUUGAAGGACGAUCGGAAUACCAUUCCUGUUAGUUUGCAUGCAACUAUAAAGAUCCUUAAGAAGUACAACAUCAUUCAAUAUAAUGCCACAAAGGAUGAUGUAUUUGAAAUGUUAGCAAGAUAUCUAUCAUUGGAUGAUUUGAACGAAAUGGAACAUGUUCUAUUUGGUUAA